UCCCGCCUUUUCCUCUCAAGUCCUCCCGAGAGAAAUAACCUUGUUCUUUAAAAUCCACACGGGCGGGCGGAGGGCCUCAGUUUCAAGAAGGAGUGAAGGGAUACGCUUCCUCUUUCUUUCUUUCCUUGUAUGUUUAACACAGACGUCAAUGCACACAACGGGAGUUUCGCAACGCAUCUUGGGAGUUGUGGGUUUCUGCUUUGGAGCGUUCACUUCUGCUCCGGGAAGAGACUACAACUCCCGGCAAGGCACAAAAGAGCCCGGCGGAGCCUCCUGAGGGCGCUGUGGCAGGAGCCAUGUUUCCCGUGUUACUUCGAGCGCAUGCGCACAGAGGUCCCCUAGCGGGCGCUGAGAAACGAACCAAGAGGAGACUGAGUUACAUCCCACUUUUUCUCCAAGGAGCUCAAAAAUGGCAUACCUGGUUCUCCUCCUAAUUUAAUCCCAACAACAACCCUGCAAGGUAGGUUAGGCUGAAAGGCAGUGAUCGGCCCAAGGUCACCCAGCGAGCUUCAAGGCAAGGUUCUAGCGUGACUGCUUGGGGUUAUGAUGAAGGACUCCUUGACUCUUCUCUCUCGCAUCCCAGCACACCCUGAUUCCCGGUGCUGGUUUCUGGCUUGGAACCCUACAGGGACUCUCCUAGCUUCUUGUGGUGGGGACCGCAGCAUUCGCAUAUGGGGGAGAGAAGGUGAUGCCUGGUUGUGCAAAUCCGUGUUGGGCGACGGACACCAGAGGACUAUCCGCAAGGUGGCCUGGUCCCCCUGUGGGGCCUACCUGGCUUCAGCCAGCUUUGAUGCCACUACAUGCAUUUGGAAAAAGAACCAUGAGGAUUUUGAGUGCGUAGCCACUCUGGAGGGCCACGAGAACGAGGUGAAGUCUGUGGCCUGGGCACCAUCUGGCAGCCUUCUGGCCACCUGCAGCCGAGACAAGAGUGUCUGGGUUUGGGAAGUGGAUGAAGAGGACGAAUACGAGUGCAUGAGUGUCCUGAAUUCCCAUACGCAGGAUGUCAAGCACGUGGUCUGGCACCCCACCCAGGAGCUGUUGGCAUCAGCCAGUUAUGACGACACCGUGAAACUGUACCGGGAGGAGGAGGACGACUGGGUGUGCUUCGCCACACUGGAGGGACACGAGUCCACAGUAUGGAGCCUGGCCUUUGAUCCGAGCGGGGAGCGCCUGGCCUCCUGCAGUGACGACAAGACCGUGCGCAUUUGGCGCCAGUAUAAGCCAGGCAAUGAACAAGGUGUGGUCUGCAGUGGCACAGAUCCUACCUGGAAAUGCAUUUGCACUCUCUCUGGCUUCCACACAAGGACCAUCUAUGAUGUGGCAUGGUGCCAUCUAACGGGAGCUUUAGCCACGGCCUGUGGCGAUGAUGCUAUCAGAGUAUUUGAGGAGGAGCUGCUCUCAGAUCCCCAGCAGCCCACCUUCACCCUGACUGUUCACAUGGCCCAGGCUCACUCCCAAGAUGUGAACUGUGUGGCCUGGAACCCCAAGGAGCCUGGGCUGCUGGCUUCGUGCAGUGAUGACGGAGAGAUGGCCUUCUGGCAAUAUCAGCGCCCUGAGGUCUGCUGAGUGUCCAAAUUCUCUUGCCUCGCUGUGACAAUAGUGUACUUCUAACAAUGACACAUCUGUGGACAGCAGGCUGGACUGCAUCCCCUUCGUAAAGGCAACUGAAUAAUAGGCGAAUGAUCACGUAUCCUUGUGAACUGCUUCCCCCUUUUCACAAGACUUCCUGUGGCAGAGCUGACACUUAAGGGGGGAAUCUAGUGGUUCUUCCAUAGUUUCACGUUGUGGGCCAAACAGGGUAAGUCUGGUCUUGCAGUUGGGUAGAAAGUCCUCCAGUCUACAGAAGUUGGGUUUCCAUUAGAUACAUCACUCCUUGAAUGAUGAAGUUGGAGUAACCUAUCAAUGAAGCUGGAAUAACCUAUCAGUUCUGCAGUAACAAGGGGAGUUAACAUGGGUUGUAACUGCUGGUUUCUACUUAUGUGACAUGUAAAAUGUAUGUUUCGAGUGGGAUGGUGGGGUUAAUACAGGAGGACAGUGCUGCAAAGGGAGAAGAGCAGGUUUGAACAGGUCUGAGCUGAGUAGCUUGUGAAAUUAUAUGUAACAUUCAUUCUG